GCGGCAGCGGCAGAAGGAGACGCAGGAGGCGGUUACAGUGAGAACAUGGAGACGCUGAGGGCGGCGGUGAAGCAGCGUCUGUCCGCGGCCGCUGAAGACAUUUUCAGCCUUUUUGAAAGAACCAUCGCGGAGUUUGAGGCGGAAAUGAUUCGACAAUUGAAGCCCGAACUCAACGCUCCCGGCCCGGGGCUUUUUAUCGUCGCUCCGCUGCUCUCAGGUGUCAGAGAGGAGCAGGAGGGGCCGGAGCACCAUCUUAUUAAAGAGGAAGAGGAAGAAGUGUGGACCAAUCAGGAAACAGCUGCUGUUUGUGAUGUCACUGCUGUGACUGUGAAGUUAGAAGAAGAAGAUGAGAAUCCUAAAUCAUCUCAUCCUCAUGGUCAGAGUCACAGCAGGGAGAACCGAGAAGAACCAGCCAGAACUUCGGCUCCACUCAUUCUUCAUCAUCGAGCUCCAGAUCCUCAAGUCUGCUCUGAUUGGACGAUGCACACAGGAAAUGAGUCACAUGGACAUGGCAGCAAGUUGUACCGCUGCUUAGAGUGUGGGAACGAGUUCAGCCAAAGCUCCAACCUGAAGACGCACAUGAAGAUUCACACGGGAGAGAAAGCGUUCUGCUGCUCGCUCUGCGAUAAAACCUUCGUCCAGAAGAUUCACCUGCUGCAGCACAUGUCCACGCACACGGGCGAGAAGAUGUUCAGCUGCGGCGUCUGUCACAAACGAUUCACUCUGCACUAUCAGCUCAGGAAACACCUGCGUCUCUGUGCCGGCUCCUCCUCCUCCUCCCACUUCCACACCCAGGAAGGGCCGGGGGGCGUGGUCAUCGACGAGGGGCGGGGCAGAAAGAAGCAGGUCAUCUGCCCCGAAUGUGGCGACGCGUUUGGCUCCAAAGAUUCGCUGAGGAGACACUUUCGGACUCACACGGGAGAGAAACCGUUUGGUUGUCCGAUCUGCGGACGACACUUCAGAGACCGAGGGAACAUGGGAAAGCACAUGGUCAUUCACACGGGAGAGAAACGCUUUGGCUGCGACGUCUGUGGACGCAGGUUCACCUGGAAAGUCCAGCUAAAGAAACACAAGUGUGACAGCGGGAGCGGCGCUCAUCUGAAGGUUUUCGUGCGGCAGCGCCUCACCGCGGCCGUGGAUGAAAUCUGCGCACAUUUAGACAAAAACAUCGGCGACUUUGAAGAGGAGAUGAAGCGGCGCGUGCUCAAAGAACUGUUCGCGGCGCGAGCGUUCCCAAAUAUUGUUUUCCUGUUUCCUGUGUUCAUGAGGAACGAUGACUCAGCAUUACUUCCUGCUGCAGAAUACAGGAGAACAAUCGUUGGUUCUCGUGAAGUGAACGUUGGUUUUGAAAGUGUCUGCAUUUGUCCAUUUGUAGAUGUCCAGCAGCUGCAGCAGGAGUGGUGGGCGGAGCCAGAGCAUCCCCACAUCAAAGAGGAAGUGGAGGAGAUGUGGCCCAAUCAGGAGGAGGCUGCCAUCACUGCUGUUCCUGUGAAGAGUGAAGAAGACGAGGAGAUACCCGAGUGGACACUGGUUCAUCAUCAGAGGCACAGUGAGGACGACAAAGAAGAACCAGGCGGAACCUCGGGUCCAGACAGAACCUCGGGUCCAGGUUCUGAGGACGAGUUGCUCAAAGUCUCUGAGACUGAAGUCAGCGUUGAUUGGACGGAGAUGACACAAAAGGAGUCACAUGGACGCUGUGAGAAAGUUCACCGCUGCUCUGAGUGCGGGAAACAGUUCAGCCAGAACUCAAACCUGAAGACUCACAUGAGGCUUCACACGGGAGAGAAACCGUUCCGCUGCUCUGUGUGUGGGAAGAGCUUCGUUCAGAAGAUUCACCUGACUCAGCACAUGCCGACUCACACGGGAGAGAAACUGUUCAGCUGCAGACUUUGUCACAAACGCUUCAUCCUUCAAUAUCAGCUACGCAAACACCUGCGCGGCUGCGGCGGCGUCUGUGGCGACGGCGUCGACGAUGGCGAAUCAUCACAGCUUCAUCAGAGUCACGACGACGAGAUCAGACCAGGACCAACCGGGAGCUCCGGUCCAGACGGACAGUUAGGACCGGUGAGUGAAGACGAGGCGUCUCAUUGGUCAGAGGAUGAGACGAACGUCAGCGACGAUGACAAAGCGUCGCUCCGCUGUGAUGACGAUCGCGUUGGACCGCACGGCUGCGAUGUUUGUGGGAAACGUUUCAUGUGGAGUAUCCAGCUACGGAAACAUAUGAGACUUCACUCGGGUGAGAAUCGUUGCGUCGGCGAACACGACUCCUCGCAGCUUCGUGAAGGUCAAGGUUCACCGCCUGAAGUCACCAAUGAUGGCACCGUGAGAGAGGAGGGGCGGAGCAAGAAGAAACUGUUUCCCUGCUCUGAGUGCGGGAAAAUCCUGCUGUACAAAGAUUCUCUGAGGAAACAUACGCGCACGCACACUGGAGAGAAACCGUUCGGCUGCUCCGUCUGUGGACGACACUUCAGAGACAGAGGGAACCUCGGUCAGCACAUGGUCACUCACACGGGAGAGAAACGCUUCUUCUGCCACGUCUGCGGUCAGAGGUUCAGCUGGAGGAAACAGCUGAAGAAACACAGGUGUGACGCUGAGAGCAGCUCACUGAACGCUCACAACGACGUUGUCAUGGAGAUGAAAGAGGAAGAGGAGGAAAUGUGCAGCAGUCAGGAGGAAGAGCAGCUUGUACUGAAGCAGGAGGCGGAGACUCGUGAUCAUGAGGAAAGUCAUCACAUGGAAGCAGAAGCAGACAGUGAGCAGCAGCUCCUCCCUCACAGCUCUCCUGUCGCUGAGAGCCAAGAUCAGACAAGAAGCAUCGUCCAGUACGAGGAAGAGGUGAACCAUCAGCCCACACUUUGUCAACCUGAAGUCAAGUUACAGCACAAAGACGUCCAGCAGCUGCUGCUGAUGAAAGAAGUUCCCUCUGAGCAGCAGCUGUGCAGCUCCAGUGUGGACCAGGAGGAGGCGCCAGAGCACCCCCACAUUAAAGAGGAAGAGGAGGAAGUGAGCAUCAAACAGGAGGGGGAGGGGGAGGCUGAGAUCAUUGCUGUGACUGUGAAGAGUGAAGAAGAUGAAGAGAAACCUGAGUCCUCACAGCUUCAUCAUCACAGUCUCACUGAGGACAACAGAGACCACUGUGGACCACCAGAACCAGAACCAGCCAGCAGCUCAGGUCCACGGGGUCCUGAGGACCAGGCUGAAGACUCUUCUGAGACUGAAGACAGUGACGAUGAGGGGAAGGAGACAAGUGGAGUGAGAGGAGACACUGGUGAGAAACAUGAGAGCUCUCACUGUAAAGAGAAACCCUUUAGUUGCUCCGACUGUGGGAAAAGAUGUAGACGUAAGGAGGGUUUGACCAAGCAUAAAAAAAUUCAUGUCGGGGAAAAACCAUUUGGUUGCUCUGAGUGUGGGAAAACAUUUAGUUGUCAGAAUAAUCUGAAGGAACAUGAAGGAAGUCAUACUGGAAAGAAACCAUUCAGUUGCUCCAAGUGUGGGAAAAGGUGUAGACGAAAGGGGGAUUUGAAGAAACAUGAGAAAAUUCAUACAGGAGAGAAACGCUUUUGUUGUUCUGUGUGCGGGAAACAGUUUCUGAAAAAGAGUAAUCUGAAGAUGCAUCACACAGUUCAUACAGGAGAGAAACCAUUCAGCUGUUCUGUGUGUGGGAAAAGAUUUAGGGAAAAGAGUCACUUAAAGACACAUCUGCGAGUUCAUACAGGAGAGAAACCGUAUGGCUGCUCUGAGUGUGAGAAAAGAUUUAGUCGUAAGACUAAUCUGAGGGAACAUGAAAAGGUUCACACGGGAGUGAAACCGUUUGGUUGCUCCGAGUGUGGGAAAAGAUUUAGUCGUAAAACUAAUCUGAGGGAACAUGAAAAGGUUCACACAGGAGAGAAACCGUUCCAUUGUUUUGUCUGCGGGAAAAGAUUUAGAAGAGGAAGUGAUUUGAUGACACAUGAAAAAUUUCAUACAGGAGAGAAACCGUUCUGUUGCUCCCACUGCGGCAAAAGAUUCAUCAAAAAGAGUCACCUGAAGAUGCACGAGAAAAGUCAUUCAGGACAGAAAUAGUGUCUGCCUACAGGGGGCGCUGCUGAGGAGGGAACAGUCUUCAACUCCUUGUGUUGAAUAUACAAAUAUAAACAUGUGAUUUUACACACACACACACACACACACACACGU